UUAUGUACACCUCCACGAAUCUCCCGGACCUUAUCGAUGGGAAGAAACCUGUCGUAUAUCGCCAACGAGAAGCGUCACAUAGAGUUGAUAGAGCUGGAGAACGAUGGGAAGGGGCUGGGCUUCGGCAUUGUAGGGGGUCGAUCCUCUGGAGUCCUGGUCAAAACCAURCUACCAAGUGGACCUGCUGGACUGGACAAGCGUCUGCGCAGCGGGGACCACAUCCUGCGUAUCGGGGACACAGACCUGGCCGGCAUGGGCAACGAGGAAGUGGCUCACGUUCUCCGCAACGCAGGGUCAAGGGUCAAACUGCUCAUUGCUAGGGARGUCGCCGUCUCCACGGGAACCAKCGACCUCUCCCUCUCCUCGCCCCCACUCCCUCUCCUCGCCCAGCAACAACAGAGGGUGMCCAGGAUGGGCAACCAG